UGCUACAAGUUGUUAUCAUGCCCGCCCCCGUUACUCAUGGUCUCCUGUGGUACAAAGCCACAUGAUUUCGUAAAACAUAACAAUACAAUCCGGGCAGGAAAAGGAGGCGGUAAGGGGGGUGGUCGGUAAAUAUUUGUUGUGACAGGCUGGUUCCAGUUUGCACUGCAGGGGGUCUCUGCCAAAGUCCGACCCCGUCAUUCCCAGAAGUCAAAAUCAGAAGCGGAGCACAGCGAGACGGAGACAGACAGUCAUGGAAUUGCCGAUCCUUAUCUGCGCGCUUAGCCUCUGCGUCGGAUCUGCGCUCGGGCAGAGAAGCCCACUGAAUGAUUAUCAGCGGUUCAUAGGAAGAGAACUGGUGCAUCAUGGUAAUCUGGGAACAACAAUACAAGAAAUUAACAAGCUCAGUCUGGAAGAGUGUGCAAAGCAUUGCUCAGAGUCAUUGGACUGCAGGUCCUUUAACUAUCAAAGCCAUGAGUUUGAGAACUGCCUUCUCUUGCCCUGGACAUCACACACUGCACACACUGAAGUCAAGCUAAAUGUGAAGUAUGAUUUCUAUGAAAAGAAGGAUUAUGUACGCAAGUGCAUUGUGGGCAAUGGAAUGAAUUAUCGUGGCACCGUUUCUGUGACACACAAUGGGAGGCAUUGCCAGAAGUGGAGAUCCAAGUACCCGCACGAACACAAAUACACACCAAAUAGCAAAAAUGGCCUGGAAGAAAACUACUGCCGCAAUCCAGAUGGUGACAUGAAUGGGCCCUGGUGCUACACCACUGACCCCACUGUGCGCUAUGAAUCCUGCAAGAUCACCUCCUGUGAAGAAGAGGUCUGCAUGACGUGCAAUGGCGAGGACUACCGUGGACAUGUGGACCACACCGCUACAGGACUGGAAUGCCAGCGCUGGGACUUGCAGCACCCACACAAGCACCCGUAUCACCCAGAGAAGUACCCUGAGAAGAAUCUGCAGGAUAACUACUGUCGCAAUCCCGAUGCCUCCCCGUCACCCUGGUGCUACACCACUGACCCCAAAGUCGUGCGGAAGGACUGCAAGAUUCCUAAAUGCGAGAGAAACCGCGAAGACCCUGUGGCCAAGCCCACUGGCAGAAGAGAUAGACCGCAGGCCAGUAAUAAGGGGAAAAUUGUAAAAAAAGUUGUCGCUGCAAAACAGGUCCAUCAGCCUCAAGCUGUGAAGGAGUGUUUCACCGGACGUGGAGAGGACUACAGGGGGAAAGUGAACGAGACCACCUCAGGUAUUCCCUGCCAGCGGUGGGAUUCACAGUUUCCGCACAGCCACCCCUUUGUUCCAUCAGUCUACGAAUGCAAGGGCCUGGAGGAGAAUUACUGCCGAAAUCCAGAUGGCUCCGAAGCUCCCUGGUGCUUCACUUCCAGUAAAAUGAUGAGAACAGCUUUCUGUCUGCAGAUCAAGCGAUGCUCAGAUGAGGUGGAAUCCCAAGAGUGCUAUCAAGGAAAUGGGGACCAGUACAGAGGAACAGUCAGCAAAACCCGAAAAGGAAUUACCUGCCAGAAGUGGAGUGCAGACACCCCUCAUCAGCCAAAAAUGAAUGCUACUACCCACCCUCAUGCCGACUUGAUUGAGAAUUACUGCCGCAAUCCAGACGCUGAUCACCAUGGACCUUGGUGCUAUACUAAAGACCCCAAAACUGAGUUUGAUUACUGUGCCAUCAAGCAAUGCCCUGGUGAGAAGGUCUCCAUCUCAGGAACGUCAGACGAUGUGAAGUUUGACUCAUGCGGCAAGAGAGAAGAGAGGCGCAAACUUUUGGCUCGCAUUGUUGGAGGAACACCUGGAAAUUCACCCUGGACAGUCAGCCUACGCAACAGGAAGGGCCAUCAUUUCUGUGGAGGGUCUUUGGUCAGCCUGCAGUGGGUCAUCAGUACACGGCAGUGCUUCGCAUCAUGUGAUUCUGACUUGACGGGGUACACUGCUAUGAUGGGAACACUUUAUAAGGACCCCAAAGACCACGAGCCAGCCAUGCAGAGCAUUCCUAUCAAAAAGGCCAUCUGUGGACCAUCUGAUUCCUACCUGGUCAUGCUGCGGCUUGAGAAACCAGCAGUGCUAAAUGAGAGGGUGGCUCAGAUAUGCCUACCGCCAGAGCGCUACAUCGUGCCUGAAGGCACCAACUGUGAGAUUGCAGGCUGGGGUGAAACCCAAGGCACUGGAGAUAACACCAUUCUGCAGAUUGCACAGAUGCCGGUACUCAGCAACAAGGAAUGCAACAAGCACUACCGGGGAAAGAUCAAGGAAAACGAAAUCUGCACCAACGCCUUUAAUGGUGGCAUAGGAGCCUGCGAGCAGGAUUAUGGAGGACCCCUUGCUUGCUUCACCCAUGACUGUUGGGUUCUGGAGGGUGUGAUGAUCCCGAUGCGGCGCUGUGGCUACCCAGGUCAGCCCAACAUAUUCAUCCGUGUCUCAGUCUACGUGGACUGGAUCAAAAAAGUCAUGGAAAUGACCUAAAACUGAGCGCUCCAAAGAAGAAAGGGGAUGGGAUAGAGCAACUCCGUCAGUCACUUCCUUUCCUUUCUCCAGAACGUACUGUAUGUUGACCAUUUCAUAGAAUCAUCUCAUGAGACUCCAAUUCCUCAAGAAACAUGAGGAGCUGGGACCAAGGUCAUCUUACUAGUGCUCACACGUGUGCCUCUCCGGCUUCUGAACACUCGCUUUGCCUUGCUCUGGAAACACUUGUAUGUCUUCUGUAGGAAGGUCACUCACCGUUAAGUUUUAUGGGAUUGGGGUGGCAUGGGAUAUAAGGGCCAGGAUUGUGGAAAUGCAGUUGUGUUGCCAUCAGUUAAAGGGAGGUAGCCGGCUGGCUUAGAAUUGGAAAGGAUAGCUUGAAGUCUUGCUGUAAUUAUCUGGAAGACUAAUCUGUAUUGACGUGUGCACAGUGUUGUAACAGCGCCCCCACAUGGUGCAGUCCAGACUCUGGAGCAAAGGACUCUACAAAUGAAAAAGAAAAGGGCUUUUAAAUGAUGGGAAGACACAAAGGAAAUAAAAAUGGUAAUCGUCACCCCUUAGCGGGCAAAGGUAAGAUCUAUGGUAAGAGAUUUUCACCACACACAAUCUAGUAAGGGUGCUUCGGGUUUUGCUGCUUUUUUUGAUGGGGGCUUAAUACGUAGCACAUACAGUAGAUAGGAUGAGUUGUAAUCCAGAAGACUUGGCUUUAAAGAGCUACUGGAGUCAAACAGUCAUACAAAUUCUUCAGUCCAAGCUUUUGUUCUUAUCGCACUCCUUUUUUUAAAUGCUUUCAAAAUUCACAACUGUUAUGAAAUCUGAGGGUGUAAUGAGAGACCAAAGAGUGGCAUCUGCGCCACCUGGUGGAAGUGGCAGGGAGUAGUCUGUGAUGUGUUCUUGGCAUUAAACUGCUUUUACUGAGUAAAGAUA